AUGGCGAGCACUGAUGUCCUGAUUGUUGGUGGGGGUCCCACCGGGCUAGUCUUGGCCUUAGAAUUGGCUGCUCAAAAAAUCCCCUUUCGUAUCAUCGACAAGGCCUUGAGCCGUUCGGACAAGAGUCGUGCUUUGGUAGUUCAAGCUCGAUCAUUGGAACUACUGAAUCGCCAUGGUGUCGCUCGUGGCCUACAAGAACGGGGCAACACCGCUCAUGGUGCAAGAUAUUGCGUCAACGGAAAGCAAGUAGUCAGAAUUCAGAUCGGCCCAGAGACGGAACUACUAAAUACGGCAUUCUCAAACCAGAAACUCAUCUCGCAGGAAGAUACCGAGUAUUUCCUCGAUGAAUGUCUAGCUAAAUACGGAUUCAGCGUGGAAAGGGGACUCGAAGCCAAGACCAUCAUUCAGGAUGCAGACGGUGUGACAGUCACACUCAGUGAAGGUGACGAGGCAGCAGGGAAGACGUCGACAGUGAGAGCCAAAUUUGUUGUUGGUUGCGACGGGAACCGGAGUGUGGUGCGAGAGGCCGCUGGCCUCAAGUUUGAAGGAGCGUCUUACCAGCAACGAUUCAUUCUUGCUGACACAUACGUCGACUGGGCCCCCGACGCACCGAAAAACGAUGCUUUUCUUUGCUUUGGCUCGGGCGUAUGUGCUUGUUUCCCAUUGGCGAAUGGAAUGGUCCGGGUGUUUGGAACAGGGGCCAUCGUGACGAAAAGAGAAGGAAACCCACAUCUCGAAGAUUUUCAAUCCCUUGUUGAUAGGAUGAUGCCCGUGAAGGGAACCCUACGUGACCCGUUUUGGCUGGCACGCUUCUACCUUCACCAUAGGGGCGUAGACAGAUACAGCAAUGGCCGACUCUUCGUCGCCGGUGACGCUGCCCACGUACAUUCCCCCGUGGGCGGUCAAGGCAUGAACACGGGUAUUCAAGACGCCGUCAACCUUGGAUGGAAACUAGCAGCGGUUAUUCGUGGAGAGCGACCCUUGUCAUUUCUGGAAAGUUAUCACGCAGAGCGUUUCCCUGUUGGUCAGACUCUACUCAAGACCACAGACCGAAUAUUCACGUUCCUGAGCUCAACAAACCCCAUAUUCACUUUCAUUCGCAACUUCAUUCUGCCUUGGAUCUUACCUUGGGCAUUGGGCACCCCAAGCCGCGUCAUGGAGAUGUUGCGGGCCAUGUCGGAAUUCGACAUCACAUACCGAGAUGGCGGAAUUGUCGGCACCGCCCCAGGCCUGAAUGGGAACAAGGUUCGUGGAGGAGACAGGAUGCUCGAUGGACUAGUCGAAGGACCAGAUGGCGAGACGUACUUGCUCAAUUUGGUAGAUGCUACAUCCUACAAGCUCUUCCUAUUUUCGGGUGUCGGCGUCCAAGCAGCUUCCGAGGGCGAUUUGCAUAGAGCCGAAACCAAGUUUUUAGAGAAUAGUCCCGUUACUGUCAAUGUCCACGCGGUAUUCGACGAUAAGACACACGGACAGUCGGGGUAUAUCGAUGUAGACGCCAAGCUUCAUAGAGACUUAGGCUUUACCCAACCCACAUACGUACUACUUCGACCGGAUUCUUACAUCGGCCAUGUCGGGCCGUUGUCAGCGCUGGAUGGUCUCGUCAACUGGUUAAAAUAA